AUGGCCUACAUAGGCAAUCUAAACCUUCUUGGGUCCCUCCCUCACCAAUCCCUUCACAAAAUGUCACAGCAAUUCGGACCAGUCAUGCAGCUUAAGUUUGGGUCCUUUCCUGUGGUGGUUGCCUCGUCUCCCGAAAUGGCAAAGCAAUUCCUUAAGACACAUGAUCAGAUCUGUGCCUCUAGACCCCAAAACGCUGCUGGGAAGUACACCAGUUUUAACUUCUGCAGUCUCUUAUGGGCCCCUUACGGACCAUAUUUUCAGCAAUGUCGCAAAAUAUGUCUCUCUGAGCUACUUAGCUCAAAAAGACUAGAGUCCUCUGAGUACAUUCGUUUCGAAGAAAGACAUGACUUUGUUUCACGGCUAUGCGCAUUGUCUGGGAAACCAGUUCAGGUGAAAGACCACCUAUCACGCCUCAAUCUCAGUAUUAUGAGUAGAAUGGUAUUGGGUAAGAAGCAUUUCAGUGCAUCCCAGCUCGAAACUUCAGUGGUAACAUUUAAAGAAUUCAGAGAAAUGGUUAACGAGUGGGCGUUGCUUAAUUCGGUAUUGAACAUUGGGGACUGGAUACCUUGGAUCGAGUUCCUAGACUUGAAGGGAUAUGUGAAACGUAUGAGGGCCUUGGCAAAAAAGUUUGAUCGGUUCUUUGACCAUGUCUUCGAUGAACACAUGGCAAGUAGAGAAGGAGUGGAACAAUUUGUGCCGAAGGACAUGGUGGGUUUUUUAUUGCAGCUAGUUGAUGAUCCUAGUGUUGAUGUUAAGCUCACCUAUGACCAAGUCAAGGCGCUCAGUCAGGAUCUCCUAAUAGGAGGAGCAAAUACAUCUGUGGUUACGAUAGAAUGGGCGAUGUCAGAACUCUUGAAGCAACCACACCUCAUCAUAAAGGCAAGAGAAGAGCUCGAUAGGAUUAUUGGGAAAGACAGAUGGGUAGAAGAGAAAGACAUUGGACAACUUCCUUAUAUUGACGCAAUUAUGAAAGAAACAAUGAGGAAACACCCUGUGGCAGCAAUGCUUCACCCACAUCUAGCUCUUGAAGAUUGCGACAUUGCUGGUUAUCAUAUUAGUAAAGGUACUAGAGUUGUCAUAAACACAUGGAGUAUAGGAAGAGACCCAUCAAUAUGGGAUUCACCUGAAGAGUUCCGCCCAGAAAGGUUCAUCGAAAAAGCCAUUGAUGUGAAGGGACAAGAUUUCACUCUAUUACCAUUUGGAUCAGGGAGGAGGAUGUGUCUGGGAUACAAACUUGGACUAAGGAUGACAAAGGCAACCUUGGCUAAUUUGAUACAUGGAUUCGAGUGGAAAUUACCGGACAAUAUGUAACCAGAAGA